AUGAAAGACACACAAGCCACUCAGGAAAUUUCAGCGGUCCUGCAGAGUGAAGUCCAUGAGCAGGAAGAUAAAAUGGAAAAUCAAGCGCAAAUUGAAGACACACGUGACGAUCUCCCAAAGACACAGCGAUCUUUAGUACAGUUUUUUCCAACGUCAGCGGAUUCAGAUACCACUACACUGCCAUGUUCAUGGUCAUUAUCCAAUGAAAUACCUCUCAGUUACUAUCUGUCCAGCCCUCAGGUUAGUGGAGUAACUUUUUCAACAAUUGGACCAAAGCCACCUAAACCUGCUCUAGUGAGUCAUUCCCAAUCAGAAGACAGCUUGGGACUCAACAACUUCAAAAUUCCAAAGAAGCACACUAUGCCGGUGCUUGCUUCUCAGCCAGCUGUGAUUGGGGAAGGGGAAGAUUAUUUCCUAUCUUUGUUUGGUGAUUCAAAGAAACUUGUCGUGCACUCAUUCCACACCAAGAAAACUUGGAAGCACUUUUCUAUGAUUCUUGAAGAAGUGGGCCAAUCUAGAUCCAGUGCUCUUGGAGACAUUAAAAUAGCUGAAGUGAAUGUCAAAGGUUUAUGCGUGAAGCUCAUUAACUCUUCCCUUGACAAAGAAAUGGAAAUUGGAAAUCAUAUUCUCCAACAAAAUGUGGAUGGACAAACAGUCUCUCUGUACCAAUUCCUUCCCAAUAUCAUAAUGCAGGCCAAUUCCACAGUAACAGUCUGGGCAGCAGCAUCUGAAGCAAAACACCAGCCACCAUCAGAUUUUCUCUGGAAGGAACAAAACAGAUUUAGGACAAGCCCAAAUUGUACAACAAUCCUGUGCAAACCUAAUGGUGAAGCUGUUGCCUGGUACACUCCUAUUCACUGGAAGCAAGCAUGGGAGAAAUUAGAGACUGACAUUGAAUGUGACAGAUGCUCAGUAGUAAGUCCAACAUCUCAAAGGCACAUGUUUCAUUGGCCAGCAGCUACAACUACAACUAAAGAAAAACAAGAUCAGUCUAAGCAAGAUAUCUCAAAAUAUCAGGUGGAACGAGUUCAAGCUUCUCUUACAAGAGAAAAAGAAAUCCCACCAACCCUUUUCCCCAAUCGCAGCCCUUGGUGCCACAGUCCUAAUGUCUCUGCACAUCCUUACUGUCCACUGAUUGAUCCUCACAACACCUACAUGACUGAACACAGCUUAGACAGACAGCCCAGGUCUCAGUCAGCCAGGCCUGAUCCAGCCAGAGAUCAAGGAAAAACAGGACGUCUGAGUUACAAAAGCAAUAGGCAGUCAAUUCAACUUUUAAAGGACAAUAAUAUCCAAGUCUAG